AUGCCGACAUUCAAUUGUUUCCUGAUCUUACGCCGAGGAGAUCCCUUAGCUGGAACGGCCUGGCAGGCCAGCAACCUCUCACAGAUCUCUGAACCACUUGAUCUCUCUGCUGGUUCGCUUCCCUCCACAUUAGUAGGUGCCACUGUCCUGGUGGGGAGAGCUGCACGGAUUACGGCGUAUGAACAGCUCGAAGAAGGCCCGCCAAAGCCUGCCUCCCCACUGGACCGUGGCCCCGAUUCUUUUAUUAUCCCCGUCUUCCUUGGCAAUGAUCCCUCUCCUGAAUCGACCUGGCUACCAGACGACGAACCGCAUAUCUCUGAGCCACUUGACCUUCCUGUUGGUUCGCGGCCUUCCACAUCAUCAGGAGCCGUUGACCUGGCGGGGGGUGCGGCGCAGAAUACGGUGUAUGAACAGCCCUCAACGCCUUCUCAAGUACAAGAAGAUCUUGGGGAAAACCAUAAGGAGAGAAGCAGCGAAAAGCAGCAGCCAGCUGCAGGCCCUUCAACUCCCCAAAAUAUGCCACGUGCCUCAGCUGCUGAAGCUGCAUCUCCUCCGCCCUACACUCUGAGCCUUCUUCUGCUGCAGCGAAGGUACAACCGGUGGCUGCUCCAGUGUCUCAAGUGGUGGCUACUGGACCGCCUCAACCGGCGGCUGCAGGCGGCUGCUGCUUCUCAACCGGCGGCUGCUGCAGCGUCUCAGCCGGCGGCUGCUGCAGAGCCUCCGAGGCGUGAGUCACAACAGCAGAAGAAACGGAGCCGUCUCCACAAUCGGAAGCAACAGCAACUGUUGCUCGUGUAA